AUGUUUGCGUUCCUUCCACCCGCAAAAGUCGCCCGGACACAGCGCUCGCCGUUGAGCAGCAUGGAGGCACCAGGGAAUUCAACCCAGCUGGCAGCACCUAUAGUGGCGGCAGCAAACUCCUUUGUGCCGAUGGGAAUUGGGCGUGUGCGUCCACAUUCUGUUGCCGAGGCGGAAAUUCUUGUUGGUGAUCUUACGAUCCGUCCAUCGGUUUUUCUUUCAGGCAUGGGUACUCAUAGUUGUUGGAUCAUGGAUGAGAAUACACGUCUUCUUCGUCUGUGGAACAUGAACAAACCCUUUUGGCUGCGAAGCGCUCCUCGCAUGGCGCCGAUUCCCACUUUUACAGAGGAUGAGGGACUACCUCUUUUUGUUUCUGAGAUCGGUCCUGAGGAGGAGUCGCUGGCGUUCUGCACAGAUUAUGGUGCGGUCUCCAGUCUUGAUCACUCCGUCGAGUUUCAGUUUCACAGCGAUGAGGGCACUCUUACUGUCUCUUCCUUUGCGUGCUGUCGGAAGGGCCAAUCGAUGCUGACUGCCGUGGGCACUGUCUCUGGCCUGGUGCUUAUUGCCAUCAAGGCCGAGGGCGAACGCAUCGUCGUUGGCUUUGAUCGCGUUGAAUGUUCAGUGGCGGUGCGCACCACCCCAGUUUCUUUUUCUUUUGGGUGUUGGUGGCGCUCCUGGCUUUCAGGGAAGUCGUCAUCGAAGGAUAGCAGUCGCAAUAGAACCAACAGCAGCUGCGGCAGUGAUGGUUAUGGCGUUGUCGAUGCAGUUGGCCAUGAGUUCACAUUGCUGCGCUUUCAUUUAACGCAAGCAACCGAGUUAUGGGCUAUUAAUGCAGCAUCUGAAGUUUUUCUUUUGGAUUUUGGUUCAAGUCGUUGUCGAUGGCACAAGGAAAAUGCUGAUGUUCGUGUGAAAUGGGCCACAAACAUCUCUACAGUACUUCAGCGUAAGGGGCGCGUGGUGGCCUUUGAUGAAACAGCAUCAGCACUUUGUUGCUUGGUGUAUUUGUUGCCAAGCGACGGACAUGGACCUGAUUUGGAAGUUGUCACAAUGGAUGUCUUUAGUGGGGCAGUGAGACAAACGCUGAGUAUGCAAUCGAUUGGAUCACUGGUACGAAGUGUGGCGGAAUCUCCAUCGCAUCACACACGCAUUUAUCUUGAUGAAGCUGAACAAAUGGUUACAGUGCUUUCAGGUCACUAUUGCGUUCGUCUUAAUAACCGAGUGGGUGUUCGCCAUCCAUGUUCGAGUGAGGAUGUGCACGUGUUGCAGGGUGUGGAGCGGCCACUUGGCAGUUCAUUAUUGCCGGAUGGUCGGAUUGUGACGUUAGACAUCAAUGGACCUCUGGAGUCUGUCGUGGAUGCAGAUGAAGCGAUGAUUGAAGCUGCUGCUGCUUCUGCUUCUGCUUCCGCUUCCGUCCAGGAUAAUCAAGAAGAUUAUUAUUCUGAUGCAUGGCGCAAGUCGCACUUUACUGGAAAACGUGAAGGGCUGUUUAAUAUGGUGCGCCAUGUCGAUGGAAUCUUACACGCACUGCGCAUUGACGCCAAGAUGUCACUGGAUUCAGCGGUAUUGGAGGCCAGUGAAGGCAUAUCUUCGCAUCAGGCACUGCAUGAGGGCAAUUGGGCACGUGCGGACCUUGACGUGGAGGAUGAUAACAUGGUUAUGUAUGUGACAAACAACCUUGUCAGGCGCCAGCAAGAGCACCGUCGCUUCCUUCUGACUGUGCUCCUUAACAAUGAAAUUGGUCCCUGUCUCCAGGCACAGGCAAUUGCACGAAUACUGUCUACACAGGAGGCGCUGCUCGCUAUGGUGGCGAUUCGACGUUUACAAAAUGACAGUUCCUACCCUCUUUCAGUUACCACCGCCACCAACUGCAGCAGUGACGUGGAGUUUGAUCUGGUGACGCCACUUUAUCUCCACGCCAUCAGUGGAGUGUGGCAGUCGGACGCGGACUCUUCUGUGGAAGAGUACUUUCGUCUGGCUCGCAGCACCGCAGAAAAGGAACGAUGUCAGCAAUUGCUGCGCGAGGCGAUUGUUCGCGUUGCGAAUACGAUUCGCAACGAGAACGAUUCAAAACACUCUUUGAAUGCACGGGCCACGGCUGCGGAAAUCGUUUUUGGGGAGCCAAGCCGGCUCAGUACGCUUUUGCAGGCGUUGGGGGAACACCUCCAAGAAACACAACGCAGUGUACUCGUGGAUCAGCGCACAAAGUUUGAUGACGCGAUGGCGAUGGCGAAUAUUUUUGUGCUCGUUACACGAGCCAUUAGGGAGUCUCGCGAGGAUAUGGCUCCACUGUACAAGGUGCCUCAAAACGUCUGUAUGAUGCUAUGGACAAGCUCCGAGUUGGAAGACUACGGCAUUCAGCUUCAGAUAGCAAGUGCAUGCAUAACUCUGUCAAGUACCCUAGCAGAAGUGACUGCGUCAAGCAACAACAUGGUGGCAUCGCUGAAUCAUGCGACUAAGAAUACUUUACCAUCCUUGUGGAAGGUCUCUGCAACAGACCAGCUACGUUUGCUGGAUCUUAUUGUGCUAAUCAUUCACUUUUCUUUUCAGACCCAUUCACAGGGAGGCCCCUCAUUUUACGCAGACGCGAUACGGCGGACGUUGUUUCGCGAACCCUUUUUGCGUGAGCCACUGGGAUAUCCAUUUGGUGCACCACGUCCAUCGGCAGAUGCGACGAUUGGGGCAGCGGUACUGCGUUUCUGUGAGGAGCUUGCAUUGGAAUUUACCGUGGGUGAGAUCCUUGUGUCCAUUUGCCUCGCCAAACCUGUUGAGGAUCCUCAGCAAGAGCACGAAUCGUAUAAGCUACUUGGUGAUUACUGCCAGCGAAAUGUGCAUAUGUUUGAUAUCGCUCUUCAUACACUACUAGCACAACGCCGAGAGUGGGAGUUGCAGCUACUUCCAGAGCUUGUGCCGGACUACGCAGCUGGAACUCUGGCGCGUGACGUUUUUCUUGUGCGGGAUGCGCCACAAUUGGCGUGGCUGGUGAAGCCAACGGCAUUUGAGGCGCUUCUAGCGGAGGGGGUGCAGUCACCGUCAUACCUUGCAUACGGCGAUGACCUCAUCACGCACCGCUCGCGCUCACUGUCCAUGGCAAAGUUGGCUUGGGUGGCUGCAGGCGCCCCGACGUCGAGCACAUAUUACGCAAUGCGACUUGAUGAGGAGAUGGUGACGGCGCAGAAGAUGUGUUUGCUGCCGGAGACCAAAAACAUGGAAUUGGGCCCUGCGGAACUCGUUCAGCGUCUACUGAAGCAGUCGUCUCUGGAUGCGUGGGUGUAUGCCACAAAAGUUGCCUGUUUGCUCGAGGACGAGCUGCGGGAGGACAUCUUGACUCAGAUUCUCCGUCGAGCAAAGCUGCAGGAUGGUGAUGCGUUAAUUCACAUCAUCAAAGACGGUGCAAGCGAACUCGAUGUGGCUCGUGCAUUAGAGGCAACCUCCAUUGGACGCAUUUUAAUCACCGCUGCAGCUGAACAAUGUACUUCCGUUGUGGCCCGCAUCUGGGCGAAUGUGCUUGACAACGCGGAGCAGCGAUUACUCUUUUCUUGGAUGCAAAUGCGGGCAGCAGGUCUGGUGUCGUGA